AUGGGCUGUCAGGACUGGCGCGAGCAGGUGCUGACCUCCGCGGCGGGCAGCGGGAACCAGUCCCUGCACCCCGACGUGCCCUACUUCAAGGGGCUCACCGUCUCGGUCCACACUGCGCUCCUGGACGUGACCGCGGACAUGGGCCCCACCUACUUCUGCCCGUGCACGGGCGAGGCGCUGCGGCGGGACGAGUGGCCGGCGAGCGCGGCGAUGAAGAUGUCGAUCCUGAAGAAGAAGGACAGCAAGUACGAUGUAGUCGCCAUUCGGGAAACGGGUUCUGAGGGAAGCGGGUCUUGA